ACUAAAACUUAUUCAAGCUUAUCAAUGAUUGGUUCUAAUAAUGAAGCAUAAAAAAUAACUAACCAAUCAUAAAUAGAGUAUAAUAAUUAAUCAAUAAUUUUUUUAAAGGUCAAAUGAGUUUGAAAAGAAGAUACAAAAAUCAUUUCAAGGAAGAAAAAAAAGCUGAAUCGAGAUUUUCUCCGUAUACACCCAUUAUUUAUUGAAUAUUGAAGGGUUCAAGUUGAAAAAAAUGAAUUUCACUGAAGUAUUAAAGAAAAUUCCAACACCACAAGUUUCGAUGCCACAAAUACCACAAAUGAGUAAAUUCGGAAUAAACAAUAAUAAAGAAGAUAUAGGAAAAGCUCCAAUGAAUAUGACACAGGAGGAUAUGCAACAAUUGAUUCAUUACAUUGGUGAAUCUGUUCUUAUUCCAGAGGAUGGAGCGUUUAUUGCAUUGUGGAUUCUUACUCUCAUUGAUCAUUGGAAUAAUGAACAUGAACGUUUAAUUGUAUUAACUGAAAGAAAUUUCUAUAUAUUAAGAUAUGAUUUUCUUCAAUGUCGUGUACGUGAUAGUCGUCGUGUAGGUCUUGGACAAUUGAUUAGUGUUAUAACUGGACCACUUGUAUUUCCAGCAAAAUCAUUAAUGCCUAUACGUAGUUCACCUGGUGUUCAGUUAAAAUGGGGUGAUGAAAAUGAUGUAAAAAUUACACAAAAGUGGAAUCCAUUAUGUCGUAGUUUACCUUAUGCUACAUUAACUCAUCAUCCACUUUAUUCUAAACGUGAUCAAUUACCAUCAAAACAAGUGAAUGUACCAGGUGCCGGUUAUGAAGAUUUAUCUAAUCCAGUAUCUGUAUACGAUGUGAAUAAUUUUCUUACAGCAUUACGUGAAGCUUGUUCUGGUAUGAAUAUUCAGUUUACCAAUGGUGAAAUUGUCAUUGAAAGUUAUGGUAAUUUAGGUAGUGUUGUAUUCAAUCAAAGUAAUUUGGGUUUUGCUAAACCAAAACCACCUACAUCAUGAUGAUCUAUUAUAUAAUGUCAAUACUGAUUGAAUAAAUUAUAAAAUAUAAUAAAAACAAAUGCAUUUCCUAUAAACAAUAAUGACAUAAUAUUAUCUACGAAAGUUCGUUAUUCUCUUCAGUAAUUUCUUCUUAAAUAAUCCUUAGUAUUUUCUCUCUCUCUCUUUCUCUCUUUGUUAAUCAAUAUACAUUGGAUCAUAAUGGUCAUGAAUGACUUAUUAACAAACAAAAAAUAGUUUGAUUUGUACUCUCUUAAAAUAUGAUAAUCUUCGAUUUUAGUUUAAACAUUUAUACUACUUAUUUCUGAAAUUAGUAUAUAUAUAUAUAUAUAUAUAUUGUGAUCUUAUUAUUAUUAUUAUUUAAUUUUACUCAAAUUGAUGUAAAACAAUUUUUCAAAAUGAAAUUGAAAAUCGAUUAUUUAUUUAUUUGUUUAUUUAUUUAUUUAUUUUAUCGACUACUUAUCAUUGACAUUUUAUUUUUAACCGAUUUCCUUCUAUACUACUUAUAUUGUAAUUGUGAUUGUUUCAUUUGUACUGUGAUCUAUAAUAAAUACAUUAAUUGAUAAAAAGAAAAUACGUAUAUCAUUUAGUCAAUCAACUACAUACUAUAUAUGUGAUGUUAAACAUUCUUUGUAAAUUAUUUUGUUUUAGUUAUUCUGGGUACGUAAUUUACUUUCCAAGUAUAGGAUAGUGUAAUCAUCUUUUGUGUUAUACUAUGUGAAGGUUAGAGAUAAUGCGAUGGUGAAGAUUUGUAUCUCAAGUGGAUGACUUUGAUAAAGUUUUGUUCUAUGAGUUGGAUAGUCUGAUCGUGAAGCUUUUUCAUUGUUCUUCUAAAAGACAUCAUUACAAUAAACUUCAGACAGAAGUGAAGGUAAAAGCGAUAAUACUGUUCUACUUAAAUCGUUAUAAAUGUAACGGAUUCGAAACUGUUACCUAAUGGCUAAAAUUUGAUUGAUUUUGUGAUGAGAC